AAAUAAACAAACUAGUUCUCUUCUACAAAUAUUUGGUGCAAAGAUCUAAUUAUAAUGCUGCUUCGCGAAAAAAGGUGUGAGGACCUCAUGCGGCGCAAUCGCCAAAACGAGGCUCCUUCACGAAUCGCACCCAAGAUCUCAACAGUGGGCCACCAACCCCUGAAUUCUCCCUAUUCCUCAUCGAUGAUUGGCCAUCUCCAACCAGUCGACUCUGCCGCAGGUCUGAAACGCACGAGUUUCACAGGGAUCGUCGCCAUCGUCAGUUUCUAAAAGUGAAGCUAUCAUCACUUUGCCCUCCCUCUUUUCUCUUCGUUCUAAGUGUGACUGGUGCACCAUAAUUAUCCAAUAUUGCUAGCGCGUAGCCUCCUUCGCUCGUCUAUCCGCUAUAAUCCAUUCGCUCGAAGCACCUCUCGGCUUGAAGUCGAGUACUUUAAAAAACCAACAACCCGAAAGUCGUUGCGAAAAAAAAAAGCCAAAACAUAAUUCAAAAUGUCGGGCCAAUUCGGAUUCAUGGCCAAGCUCGGGGCCACCAACGAAGCCGUCGCCACCCUCAACGACCAACCGUACCUGUUCACAAUUCUAGUUGUCGUCCUCGUCGCGAUUAUCCUUCAGAUCACACUCAUCUGGUACAUCCACUACGCAACCUUGAAGCCCGAGCAGAAGAAAAAGAAGGAGAAGAAGGGCGAUAAGAAGCCCGGAGCGAAGCCACCGGCAGCACGAUAAAGGAUCUAUCAUGAGCCAACUACAGAGCAUGAAUGUGAUUUAAUACUGCCGGUGGUUCUUGGUUUUGACGGCCGCGUCAUUCGAAAUAUCCUACCCACUCAUCCUAUCUUCGCUGAGCAUAUACGAUACAAUGAACCGCGAGACUUAUUAGGGGGGAAGAUAGGUCGCAACCACGAGUCUUAGUAGGCGCGGUCCCCAGGAAGAGUGAUGGGUUUAGAAUUUUGGGAAAUAGGAGGACAAUAGAUUCGAGGAUAAGGGGAUAUUUAGGGGUGCUUCGAUGACAGCGGGCCGCGUCUAGCACUUAUAAUAUUAUGUAUUUACCGUUUAUAUGUUUAUCAAUAUUGUUUAUACAUUUCUAUGUCCUGAGAAU